UUGAAUGUUCAAUGGUUUGAUGAUUGACUAGAAGAUACUUCUACUACUCUACGUUCUCUUUAAUUCCCUAAUAUUUAUAUUAUUUGUUGUAACUUCAACUGCUCCAGCAAAUAGUGGCGAAUUUUUACAUUAUAAAACAAACUUUUUGUAACUAUAAUGUUCUAAAUUUUGCCUCAUAAUAAUACUGUUCUUGCCAUAAGGAAUGGCUUCUUUCCAGGGUCUUCAACCAAGGGUUUUCUGGGGUCUUACCACCAGUAUUAAGGGUAAUAUUAAUUUUGUUACCGAUUUAGAUGUGCUAUACCCUGCUGGUGGAGCUUUGAUUUUUCAUAAUUAUGUUCAGCAAACCCAAGCACAUAUCAAAUUGCCAGAACCACAGAAGGUAUUGAAUAUUAUCAUUGUCAGUCCAAACAAGAAGAUAAUUGCAAUUGCAGAGGAAGGUGAUAAGCCUUGUAUUUCAUUGUAUGAUGUAAAAUCAAUGAAAAGGAAGAAAAUUCUCGGAUUACCAUAUGAAUCCACAGCGAAAGAGUUUGUCAGCAUUGCAUUCACAUUUGACAACAGGUACCUUGUGGCUAUAGUGGGGGAGCCCGACUGGAUGAUGCUCUAUUACAACUGGGAGAAGGGUAAAGUGGAGAGUCAGACGAGAGCCAACAAUCCACCUGCCAACCCAGGACCUGUAUAUCAGGUGGCAACUAACCCGACUGACUCAGCUAUUGUGGCGAUUGUUGGUCCUGGGCUAUUCCGACUGAUGAGUGUGUCAGACACCGUGUGGCGUCAGUACGGGUUCCAGAAGGCAGACAAACUGCCCAUCCGUUGUGUGUGCUGGAUGACUGCAGACCGCGUGCUAGCUGGGACUGAUGACAAUCGCCUCAUAGUCAUCGAGUAUGGUGAUCUGCGUGGCCGUUACCGUGCUAGUGACAUCUCUGAAUUUGACUUGCAGAUACCAGAAGAUCAACCAGGUUCGUCGUAUAGUGCAUCGACUCUUCAAAUAGACAGAGACAAGGAGGUUACCUGUGUUAUCGCAUUCUCUAAUGGUUUUGCCUACACAAUAGACAACUACAUUGUUGUGUUUGAAAAGGAAACUAAGUACAGGUACAAGAGGAAGAAUGUAUAUCGUAUCAGAGGAAUGGAGUUUAAAGACGAGAUAGCAGAAGAGAUGCGCACCAUACGUAACUUGGCUGUGAACCCUGCACAAGAUCGAAUUCUAGCAACAUCAAAGCAGAGUCAGAUUUUCUCUGCCAACCUUCUCGCAAGUGAAGCUCCUGCAACCGGUGAGGUGGUGGUUGAGAUGGACUGUCUCGGAGAAUCGCUUCACCAUGGUGCUAUCACUGGGCUAGCUCUGUGUGCCUGGAAAACCAUUUUCAUGACAUGUGGAGAAAUGGACCGCACUGUCAGAGUGUGGGACCUGACCACAGAAGCACUCAUACUCACCAAACAUUACCAAGAAGACAUCUUUUCAGUGGCUUUGCAUCCAACAGGCUUGUAUGCUGUAGUGGGAUUCUCUGACAAGUUGCGGUUCAUGCUGGUUCUGCUGGAUGACCUCGUCACUACUCGGGAGUUCUCUAUUCGGACCUGUCGUGAGGCUGCUUUCAGCAACACUGGUAACAUGUUCGCUGCCGUCAAUGCCUCUGUCAUACAGAUAUACUGCGUCGUCACCUUCCAAUGUGUUUACUACUUGAAAGGUCACAAUGGAAUCAUCCGCUCACUAGUGUGGACAGCGAGUGACAAGAGUCUCUACUCGUGCGGCAGUGAUGGAGCAGUCUACGAGUGGAACAUGUUUGACGGCAUGAGAGUGAACGAUGUGAUAACUAAAGAGUGUGACUACAUGGGCAUAUCUGCCACACAAGAUGGUAAGAUGGUGUAUGGUGUCGGAUCCGACGGCCUCUUGAAAGAGAUCUGCAAUGCGGAGAUACUGCGAGAGGAGAGCCUGCACCACUCGUGUCUGUACGCCGUCCAGCUGUCUCGCUCUGACCUGAUGAUGUUUAUUGGCGGCACCAAAGGAGCAAUCCUCUCCGUGCGGUAUCCCCUGCCCAGGCCUCCUGAGUACUCAGAAUACUACCUUCACAAUUACCCGAUAACCAAGAUGAAAUUGUCCUAUGAUGACUUGAACCUGAUCUCCUGCUCCAGUGAUGGCACAAUGUGUAUUUGGAGACUGGUCAAUACUGAGCGCAAGUGUGUAAAGAUGGAUGCGGAUUUCUCUUAUUCAAAAGAGAUUCUGAUUAACAAAGACGAUCUGGCAGAGAAAUUGGCAAUGAUCAAAUACUUGGAGAAUCUCGUGAAGUCCCUAGAGACAGAUCAUGUGUAUCAGAUCAAGGAGAUGGAGACAGAACACUCUGACAAGAUCAAGGAGUUACACUCUGGCUACUGCACGGCCAUACAGGAUCUAAAGGACAAGAACCAGGAACUGAUCAGUGAACACACAAUCGAGAUAAACAAGUUGAACAACAGUAUCUUGGAGCUGAAGCGACAACAUGCGGUGGCUAUGGAGGCUCAGGAGUCAGACUACAACUCCAAACUGAUUGUGGAGUAUGACAAGUUCACAACAGCCGAAGAGAAGAACAGAAAUCAUCGUAACCAACUACUGAAGCAAUUAGAUGACUUGGCAAAGUCUAAAGAAGAUGCUUUAAAAACAAUGUCAGAAGAUUAUGAAGAGAAGCUAAGAUUAAAAGACUCCGUUAUACUGGAACUUAACGACACACAGAAACUGCAUAGUCAAGAGCAUGAGGAGAUAAAGAGGCAGAUAGAAGAGGAUGCUGACCAGGAGAUUAUAGACUUGAGAACAAAGUUUGAGCAAGCCUUGAGAACAGAGAAAGACACCAAUGUUCGGUUGAGGGGAGAAACCGGUGUCAUGAAGAAGAAAUUUCUUUCAGCUCAGAAAGAAAUAGAUGAACUCAAACAUCAAGUCAAUACGCUUCAAAAUGAACACCAACAGUUAAAAACAGAGAUUGUAAGCCGGGAGCAAGACAUAACAAACUUGAAGAAGGAAAUAUUUGAGCGUGACUAUACUAUACAAGAAAACGAGCGUAGAUUUUCAGAAGUGAAGAACAAAAAUCAAGAACUUGAGAAAUUUAGAUUUGUUUUGAACCACAAAAUUGUUGAGCUUCAAAUGCAAAUCCAACCAAAAGAAGAGGAGAUACAACAGAAAAAAGAGCAAAUACAAGACAUGGAGGAGGAAAUCAAUGAGCACCAGCAGAAUAUCACCAACCUGAAGUUGCAAGUGGCAGAGCUGAAGGAGAGUGUGGGUUUGAAAGAGAAGGAUUGCUUAAAGGAGAGGAGAGUCAACAAGGAGACCCAAGCCAUCCUCCGUCGUGUGCAGACUGAAUUGCACAACACAGCAGCGCUUGUCCAGGAGCCGCUCGAACUGAAGAAGGCAGUCAUUAAAUUGUACCAUCAGUACAGCGAGGGGAAGGAGUUUGAGCACAGCCGCCAGGAGGACAGAGACGCCCAGUACGAGUUUCUGCGACAGAGAGACCACCUUGAGCGCACUGUCUGCGGGCUGAAGAAACUCUACUACAAGGAAUCUACCAAGGAACGCACUACAGAUAAGAUCAUGAAGGACAAUGUCAAACUAAUUGAAGAGAUUAAUUCACUUCGAAAAGAACUGGUGGAUCGCAAGAAACACAUCAAGGAUUUGGAAAGUAUUGUUGGAAUGCACAAGUUCAUUUCUCCAAAAGAAGCUCACAGAAAGUUGGAAAUGGCUGUACAAACCAAAGAAAGCAUACAUGAACAGUAUAAGCACAGACUGAAGGAAUUAGAAGAACAAAUCAUUGGCCUUCAAGGUGAAAUGCAAAAGCUUAUAUCUAAAAACAAGAUGCUCGAAGAAAAACCAAGGAAACCUGAAGAUUCUGCUAGAAUAACAUUGUCCAAGAAACCUUCAGUAACAGCUUGAAUGGUGUGAGUGAAUUUUAUGUUGUUGUAAUAUUACUGAUAAGUGAAUAAAAAAAACUUGAAUAUGAUACAAAAUACAAUUAUAAGUAUUAUUUCAAUUAACAAAAUAGGAGAUCCAACACAGUUUCCUUCACUUUAUGCUAUUGUUUCUUUAUUAAAAAACCUGUUUAAUGUGAACAAAUAAUUUUGGACAU